AUUGAGAAGAAAGGAAAAAAAGGAGGAAGAAGAAAAGCUAUUCCUGUGCUUUUUGCAGACCUUUUGGUAGUUGUCCUGGUCGCUGAUCAUCCAUUUCCGACAACUCUGAUGCUCCUUCUCUCCCGUGCGAGCUCUCUGCCAUAAUCUCCUGCUCCUCGAUUCUCUUUCUUCUUCCUUCGUUUUGUUUCCUCUUUCGAUUGUUUACCCAUUUCCCAGAUUUCUUUUUAUAGAAACCCAACCCUCUUUGAUGCGCCAAGAAAGGAAAGUAAAGAGAGCAGCUGAGUCUAAGUAAGUUUCUGGUUUUUGGUUCCUGGGUUUUCUGAAUUGUCUGACGCGAGUUGAGAAGCUUCGUCGAAAACGGAAUCUUUCUUCGUUUUGUCUCGGUCUUAUGACUUAUUGGUCUCUCCGGAGAUUCCGCGUGCAAAAAAGUUCUAGUUUUGAUCUCUCUGAGAUACGUCAAAUUUCCGAGAAAUUGGAGGCCUUGUCGGAAGUAAAAAGCAGAGAUCUUGGAGUUCCCAUUUCAGAUUGUUUCUACAGAUUAACGAUUUUUCUACUGUAAAUUGGAUUGUGAAGAAGUGGAGCAAGAAAUCAGUUGUUUCCGUGGCCGAUUGAGGUGGGAGAGAGACAGAGUUUAGGCUUUGAUGUCUAUGCUGAAGAUGAAGCUCUCACGCAAAGAGCUCAGCUUUGUGUAAGCUCAGAUUUAGAUUAUUAUUGGGUAGAUUCUUCUGGAGUAAAGUUCAGCAAUCAUGAAAGCUCCUUCAUCAAAUGGAGUUUCUCCGAAUCCCACAGAAGGAGAUAGGAGAAACAUCAACUCAGAAUUAUGGCACGCUUGUGCUGGGCCACUGAUUUCGUUGCCUCCAGCGGGAAGUCUUGUUGUUUACUUCCCUCAAGGUCACAGUGAGCAAGUCGCAGCUUCAAUGCAAAAGCAGACUGAUUUCAUACCUAGCUAUCCGAAUCUUCCUUCUAAGCUCAUCUGUAUGCUCCAUAAUGUUACAUUGAAUGCUGAUCCUGAGACAGAUGAGGUCUACGCGCAGAUGACUCUUCAGCCAGUAAACAAAUAUGACAGAGAUGCAUUGCUUGCCUCUGACAUGGGUCUUAAGUUAAACAGACAACCUAAUGAAUUUUUCUGUAAAACCCUCACGGCGAGUGACACAAGCACACACGGUGGAUUUUCUGUACCCCGACGAGCAGCUGAGAAAAUCUUUCCUGCUCUGGAUUUCUCGAUGCAACCACCUUGUCAGGAGCUUGUUGCUAAGGAUAUUCAUGACAACACAUGGACUUUCAGACAUAUUUAUCGAGGUCAACCAAAAAGGCACCUGCUAACUACAGGCUGGAGUGUGUUCGUCAGCACGAAAAGGCUCUUCGCUGGAGACUCUGUUCUAUUUAUAAGAGAUGGAAAAGCGCAACUUCUGUUGGGUAUAAGACGUGCAAAUAGACAGCAGCCUGCGCUUUCUUCAUCUGUAAUAUCAAGCGAUAGCAUGCACAUCGGAGUUCUUGCUGCUGCAGCUCAUGCUAAUGCUAAUAACAGUCCUUUCACCAUUUUCUACAACCCGAGGGCUGCUCCUUCUGAGUUUGUGGUUCCUUUAGCCAAGUAUACCAAAGCUAUGUACGCUCAGGUUUCCCUCGGUAUGCGGUUUAGGAUGAUAUUUGAGACGGAAGAAUGCGGAGUUCGUCGGUAUAUGGGUACAGUAACCGGUAUCAGUGAUCUUGAUCCAGUGAGAUGGAAAAACUCUCAGUGGCGAAAUCUUCAGAUUGGAUGGGAUGAGUCAGCUGCUGGUGACCGGCCCAGUCGAGUUUCAGUUUGGGACAUUGAACCGGUGUUAACUCCUUUCUACAUAUGUCCUCCUCCAUUUUUUCGUCCUCGGUUUGCUGGGCAACCUGGAAUGCCAGAUGAUGAGACUGACAUGGAGUCUGCGCUAAAGCGAGCAAUGCCAUGGCUUGACAAUAGCUUAGAGAUGAAAGACCCUUCAAGCACGAUAUUUCCUGGUCUGAGUUUAGUUCAGUGGAUGAAUAUGCAGCAGCAGAACGGCCAGUUACCAUCUGCUGCUGCACAGUCGGGUUUCUUCCCCUCUCAAACCGCGGCGCUGCACAACAGUCUUGGUGGAACUGAUGAUCCCUCCAAGUUACUGAGCUUUCAAACGCCUCCAGGGGGAAUUUCCUCAUCAAACCUCCAGUUUAACAAACCGAAUCCGCAAGCGCCAAUGUCCCAGUUGCCUCAGCCGUCAACUACGUUGUCUCAACAACAGCAGCUGCAGCAGUUGUUGCACGCCUCUUUGAACCAUCAGCAACAGCAAUCGCUGUCUCAACAACAACAACAACAACAAUCGCUACAGCAACAACAUCAACAACCGCUACAGCAACAGAGUCAGCAGCUACAACAGUCUCAGCAGCUAAGAACGCAGCCAUCACAAUCUCAUUCGCAUCCACAGCCACAGCCACAGCCACAACAUUUGCAACCACAUAAGUUGCAGCAAUUUCAGCUUCCACAGAAUCAGCUUUAUAAUGGUCAACAAGCAGCGCAGCAGUUUAAGGAACAACAAGCAUCUAUGCAUCAUUUGCUACCACAAGUCGUUUCGGAAUCAAUGGCAAGCAGUGUCAUUGCGCCUUCGUCUAGCUCCCAUAAUCAAAGCUUUCAACAGCAACAACAGUCUACGCAACUUCAUCACACACAUCGUCAUUUAGGUGCUAGCACUAGCCAGAGUAGUGUAAUUGAAACCAGCAAGUCGUCAUCUAAUCUGAUGUCCAUACCUCCGCAAGACACACAAUUUCCACGACAAGUAGAACAGCAGCAGCCUCCUGGUCUUGUCAAGGGACACAAUCAACAAACACUUCUACAGCAGAAAACUCAACAGGCACAGGCACAUGCACAGGUCCAACAGUUAUUCCAGCAGAAUCUCUUGGAACAACCGCAUUUACAGUUUCAGCUGUUGCAGAGAUUACAACAGCAGCAACAGCAACAGCAGCAGCAACAGCAUCAACAAUUUCUUUCGCCAGGAAGCUCGAGUAUGCAGUCUCAGUUACUCCACCAGCAGUUGCCACAGCUGCCUUCUCUCUCUCAAGGUCAGCAGUUUCCGUCAUCCUGCAUUAACAAUGGCUUAUCAACGUUGCAACCGCCUCAAAUGGUGGUGAGCCGGCCACAGGACAAACAAAACCCACCGGUUGGAGGUGGGGUCAAAGCUUAUUCAGGCAUCACAGAUGGAGGAGAUGCACCUUCCUCUUCAACCUCUCCUUCCACCAACAACUGUCAGAUCUCAUCUUCAAGCUUUCUCAACAGAAGCCAAAGCGGGCCAGCGAUCUUGAUACCUGACACACCGGUUGAUAUGUCUGGUAGUCUUGUUCAAGAGCUUUACAACAAAUCCGAUAUGCGGCAAAAACAAGAACUCGUGGGUCAGCAAAAGGCCAAAGCUAGUUUAACAGAUCAUCAACUGGAAGCAUCUGCCUCUGGAACUUCUUACGGCUUAGAUGGCGGCGACAACAACAGACAACAGAAUUUCUUGGCUCCUACCUUUGGCCUCGACGGUGAUUCCAGAAACAGCUUACUCGGCGGAGCUACUGUCGAUAAUGGCUUUGUGCCUGACACAUUGCUCUCGCGGGGAUACGACUCCCAGAAAGAUCUCCAGAACAUGCUAUCAAACUAUGGAGGAGUGACAAAUGACAUCGGUACAGAGAUGUCUACUUCAGCUGUAAGAACUCAAUCUUUUGGUAUCCCCAAUGUGCCCGCUUUUUCAAACGACGUAGCUGUCAACGAUGCUGCCGUUCUUGGUGGCGGAUUAUGGCCAACUCAGACACAACGGAUGCGAACUUAUACAAAGGUGCAAAAACGAGGUUCAGUGGGGAGAUCAAUAGAUGUCAACCGUUACAGAGGUUACGAUGAGCUGAGGCAUGAUCUAGCGCGCAUGUUUGGGAUCGAAGGACAGCUUGAAGAUCCGCAAACAUCAGACUGGAAACUUGUCUAUGUCGAUCAUGAAAACGACAUCCUUCUCGUCGGUGAUGAUCCGUGGGAGGAAUUUGUAAACUGUGUUCAGAGCAUAAAGAUCCUUUCAUCAGCCGAGGUUCAACAGAUGAGCUUGGACGGGAACUUUACGGGAGUACCAGUUACAAAUCAAGCCUGUAGUGGCGGCGAUAGUGGCAAUGCUUGGAGAGGUCAUUAUGAUGAUAACUCGGCCACUUCGUUUAACCGAUGAAUGCAGAAGAUCUCUCACAGACACAGAUUCUUUCUUUUUCCUUCCUUUUGUAAUAUAACUUCUCCUCUUUGAUAACAUGUCUCAAGUUUCCACUGGUCACUGUAGAGCAUAUUACCUGUAUAAUAUCUUCCGCUAAGUUUACGAGAAGAUUUUAUUUGAUGGUUGUUACAGAUUC